UAAAGAUUUGUUGUGAAAUGCGUACAAAAAAAAUCGUAGUUGUUGGGGACGGUGCUUGCGGGAAAACGUGUCUUUUGGUAACAUUUACCGAGAGUCGAUUUCCAGAAGAAUAUGCUCCGACCAUAUACGAAACAAGUGAAAAAAUUAUCACGGUUAAUGAUGAGGAAGUCAAACUAUUGCUGUGGGACACCGCCGGCGAAGAGGAUUAUGACCGAUUAAGACCUUUGUCGUAUCCACGAACCGAUUUAGUGUUAUUAUGUUUUGCAAUUAAUGCUCCGGACUCUUUAGAAAACGUCUCAUCGAAGUGGUUGCCGGAAAUAAAGCAUUUUCUUCCGCACACACCUUUUAUACUCGUAGGCAACAAACUAGAUCUGAGAACUGACCCGAAAACUGUAUCUAUGUUGAAACAUGAUAAUUUGCAACCUGUUAGUGAGAACACAGGCAAAAAAAUGGCAAAAAAAUUAAAAGCAGCGGCAUAUUUCGAAUGUUCAGCCAAAACUAUGUUUAAUGUUAGGCAAAUUUUUCAUACUGCUGCAGACAUUAUGCUUGAGGAAUCAUCAAAAACAAAAUGUAAGAUAUUGUAAGAGUGCCAUGACUGAUUAAUAUUUAAACGUUUAUGUAAUUGUCACUAUCUUAUCAAUGUAAAUAGGUGGUUAUGAUUAAGAAAAAUAAAUGUACAUAUUUAUUUUUAA